AUGGCCCUCUCCUCCCCUCGGAAGCCCGGCCUGGAGGGCCCGGACAGCUCCAGCCCUGACGCCGGGGCUGGCCGCGUGGCCCUGGGCCCCGACGCCGAGGACAACAUGGACGUCAUCCUGGUGGGCUCCACAGAGGUGCUGUGCCCCCCUCCCCGCCCGCCAGGCAGAGACCUCAUCGCCUACGAGGUCACCGUGAACCAGCGGGACAUCGAAGACAUCUGCCUCUGCUGUGGAAGCUUCCAGGUGCACACACAGCACCCCCUCUUUGAGGGAGGGAUGUGUGCCCCGUGCAAGGACAAGUUCCUCGAGACCCUCUUCCAGUACGACAACGACGGCUACCAGGGCUUCUGCUCCAUCUGCGGCUCGGGGGACACGCUGCUCAUCUGCGAGAGCCCCGACUGUACACGGUGCUACUGCUUCGAGUGCGUGGACGUCCUGGUGUCCCCCGGGACCGCGGAGCGGGUGCAGGCCAUGAGCCUCUGGGUGUGCUUCCUGUGCCUGCCCUUCUCCAGCAGCGGGCUGCUGCACAGGAGGAGGAAGUGGCGCGCUCAGCUGAAGGCCUUCCAGGACCGCGAGGCGGUGAACUCCCUGGAGGUCUACGAAACGGUGCCGGCGUGGAGGCGGGCGCCGCUGCGCGUGCUGUCCCUCUUUGGGAACAUUAAGAAAGAGCUCGCCAGCCUGGGCUUCUGGGAGCUGGGCUCCGCUUCCGGGGCGGGGCUGACGCACCUGGACGACGUCACCGACGUAGUGCGGAGAGAGGUGGAGGAGUGGGGUCCCUUCGACCUGGUGUACGGCUCCACGCCACCCCGAGGCUACGAGGGCCACCGCUCUCCAGGCUGGUACCUGUUCCAGUUCCACCGGCUGCUGCAGUACGCGCGGCCCCCGCCCGGCAGCCCGCAGCCCUUCUUCUGGAUGUUUGUGGACAGCCUGCUGCUGACCCCCGAAGACCAGGACGCAGCCACCCGCUUCCUGGAGACAGAGCCCGUCACCCUGCAAGACAGCCAUGGCGGGGCCGUCCGGAGCGCAGUGCGCGUCUGGAGCAACAUCCCGGCUGUGAGGAGCAAGCACGAGGCCCUGGCCCCGGAGGCGGAGCUGGCCCUGCUGGCCGGGGCCGGCCCUGCGCGUGUGCUGGGGGCCAGGCCCCCGUGCCCCGCGGCGCUGGUGAAGAACUGCUUCCUCCCGCUGCGGGAGUACUUCCGGUGCUGUCCUCGGAGCGCGCUUCCCCUCUACGAGUGA